AUGUUCAAUGGCGACGAUCCUACUAGAUGGAUUUCGGGAGCGAAGAUUCACUUCAAGGUUCAGGAGACCAGCGAGAUGGUGAAAGAGUUGCUUGAAUGUUAUGGAGGAAUGGGGGAAGGGAGCAUAUAUGAUCAGUUGACGGCGUUGAAGCAAAUAAGGAGUAUGGAUGAGUAUAUUGGACGAUUCAAAUGUUUGAUCGCUCAAAUUCCAAAACUCCAUGAUGAGCAAUACUUCUUGUACGUUACCCAUGGGCUGAGAGAGGAGGUUCAGGCUAAGGCCCUAGUGGCUGAGAUUGAGAUACAGGUUGAGUUUCAAGAUGAAGAAGAAAUCCUAGAGAGUGACGACGAGAGUGAAACGGAGGAAGUUGAUGGAGUAUGCAGUGCCAUCAGUCUCUUUGUGCUAGAAAAAGAGACUCAAGAUGCGUCUAGAACAAUGAAACUAAGAGAAAUGAUCAAAGGAGUACCUCUCAUCAUUCUAAUAGAUUCAGUCAUAACUUCGUUUCGUGAAGAGCGUUUUUCUUUACAAGAUGCUGAUAGAGUAUUUGAUGGUGCUCUUGCCUGUCAUGAUAUGGUUACAUGGAAUUUCAUGCUUGGUGCUUAUUUGAUGCACGAGAAAGAAGAUUUUUCAUUUAAAGAUUUCAUUUAUAUGUUGAAUUUUGGGUUUAAGCCAGAUGCUUAUACUUACACCAGGAGUUUCGGUGCUUGUUCUGCACAAGAGCAUAAAAGCAAUGGAAAAUGUGUGCAUCGGUUGGUAAUAAAAAACGGUCUUGAAGAUUUUGUUCCUAUUUCCAAUGCUUUGAUUGCCAUGUACAUCAAAUUUAAUGAUAAGGGAAUGGAAGAUGCAUUAAGAAUCUCAAAGAUGGUUGCACUUGGAACUCCAUUUUCGCAAGAUAUGUACAAGAAGAUGCUAGGAAAUCUUUUGAAGCAACUUCCAAAGACUACAAUUCUUUGGAAUUCAAUCAUCUUUGGUCAUGAUGGGCUAGUAGAAGAAGGUUGCAACAUUAUGGAGUCUAUGGAGUCUGAUUUUGGAAUUCCACGGCGAAAGGAACACUAUGCUUGUGCAAUUGAUCUCUAUGGUCGGGCAGGGCAACUUGAGAAGGCAAAAGCUUUGGUUGAAACGAUGCCCUUUGAAGUUGAUGCAAUGGUGUUGAAAACUUUGUUAGGUGCCUGUAGAUUUUGUGGUGAUAUCGAAUUGGAAAACAUUUCUUCAACAACGCAAAUUUGA